UGUUCCUCGUGUCGCGCGUGUGGAGGGAGCACAGAGCGCAUGCGCAAAGGCUGCGUUUUUUUGGACCAAAACACGAGGACGACAGUGAGUUAGGACGGUUGAGCUUACGCUCUAAUAUGACAGCUAAGGCGAGCGAAAAAAUACGUCUCGUCUCGUUAGGGGUUUCAAUUUUAGUCUUAACACAUAACUGCAAUUCAUGCUAGAGAUCCUCCAAUAAUGCCAGCCGGAGUGAACGCGCAAGCUGCUGGGAUCCCCAUGUCCGAUGCUAUGGGGUCUUUCAAAAGGAGGAAGAGAAAGUCCAUUACCGUGACUGCAUUGUUAUUUGUAGUGUCUAUACUUAUACUAAUCUUUGGCUUGGCUGCCACCACAAGGACAAAGAACAUUACAGUUGGAGGCUACUAUCCUGGAGUCAUUCUUGGUUUUGGCUCCUUUCUCGGAAUCAUUGGGGCUCAUUUAAUUGAGAAUAAGAGGCAGAUGCUGGUAGCUUCCAUCGUCUUUAUCAGCUUUGGUGUGGUGGCUUCGUUAUGUUGUGCUAUAGUGGAUGGUGUUUUUGCUGCAAGACACAUUGACCUCCGUCCUGUUUAUGCUGGUCGAUGUGAAUACUACUCCAGUGUAACAGCCUUUGAUGUGGAUGUUCACUGCCAGACAGCAUCACGUGUAUCAUGUAACCUGCGUGUGAAGAGUAAGACAUGCUACUGCUGUGACCUCUACAACUGUGGGAAAGAACAUCCUCUUUUGGGACUUCAGAGUAAAGAUGUUUUGAAAAAAAUUAGGAAAACGUCCAUGAUUUGGAACCAUGUUGACCCCAGAGGAGGCUACCAUGAGUACACAGAUGUGCACAGUUGCCAAGAUGUUGUGUACCUUUACCACCUGUUGUGGUCUGCCACCAUUCUCAACAUCAUUGCCUUCUUCCUGGGUAUCAUCACAGCAGCAGUGCUCGGAACCUUCAAGGACAUGAUGCCAUCUACAGCCCCUGACACAUGUGAACCAGAUUCUCUGGCUACCCCAGCAGCCCCUGAGACUCAUGCCCCAACCACCCCCAACUCCUUCUACAACACUGCCCCCUGCCUGCCACCUUAUACUGCCUAUGACCUCCAGGUUUCCAACAUGUUUCCUGACUCUUCUGGCCUAUCUGAUGACUCGCAAUCUGGAGCCAGUCACAUGUGGCCCACUAUGAUUCCUCCACGCUAUUCUCCUCCUUAUUAUCCACCUGAUGAUAAACCUCCACCGUACAGUCCUUAAAGGACACCAAAAAGAGUCAUGGUAUCUCUGACAAUAGGCCCUAAGGAUUGAGGCGUGAAUGGGCAUACAUACCUUAAAAACAGAUCCUGCUGCUGUGGAGGAUCACUGCACAGGCAAUCCUGCUGAUGUGAUGUCUGUUGAACGGAAGCAGAUCGUCGCAGAAGCUGAAUGUUCAUCUCUGCAAAGCAGAUCUACACAGUUGUCCUGUUUAGGUACACUACGCAGCCUCAUGACUCCACGCUAUAACUAACAUCAAGACUGUUCACAAAUAUGCCUUAAAAGUGUCAUUAUGCUCCUGUCAUGAGUCUUGUCUGUGAGCUGUUUGGACACAGUGACUGCCACCAUGCAUCUCCCUUGCCAUAUUAAGUGACUAUUUCCAAAGUGGCACAGUGCGUGCUGUUUGUUUUUGGCUUACCUCAGCCAAAGAGAAAUGAGAAGACUUGUAUGUAUGUAUGUAUGUAAUGUCUUGUUUAUUUGCACUUUACUGUACAUGAAUAUAACUGUAAAACAUCAAUCUA